UGGCGAGGAAGAUCAACAUGUAGGCCUAGACCAAGACGAAGUUUACAACCUCCUGAGCUGAUUGGGAGUACGCUGGAGCCCAGUGAUGAGGAGCCUCGAGAGGAAACACCAACUGAAAGCUGGGAUCCUACACCUGGUCAGAAGAGGGAAGAUCAGGGUGCAGCUGAUAUUCAAGUACCUGACCUGGAAGCUGAUCUCCAGGAGCUGUCUCAGUCAAAGACUGGGGAUGAAUGUGGAGUUGGCCCUGGUGUCCAGGGGAAGAUUCUGACAAAAUCAGAGCAAUUUAAAAUGCCAGAAGGAGGGGAAGGGCAACCACAGCUUUAA